UUUCGUUGCCAUGGAGCCAAGUUACGCCUCUCCACCCGUGAAAACAAAGAGACGGCGGUUUGAAACAUAAGGAAAGCUCAGUGGUUGUUAUACAAUAUGUUCUUAAGGAUUUUAAGGGAAUGUCCGAAUGUCAAGAGUGGUCGGUUAUGUCGUGUGGACUCGCGCGGUCAUAGUGCAGGUUUUGAAGCUCUUGCCAUUUCUGGUCGUUUGUGUUCAACGCAAGCAUGACUGGAAGUGAAGUAGACAACCGCCUGCAGGUGCUGCAGAUCUACCGCUUGUUGCAAUACAUCUAUGAAAAUGAUGAGGCACAAAUUGAGGAGAUGGUCAACCGUGGGGUGGAGAACCUCAUUAAUCUCACAGAGCCACAGCAUGGAACAGGGGCACUUCACAUGGCGGUCUCAUCGAACAAUCAAGAUCUAACCAGGUUUCUUCUCUCCCUGAGAGCGCACCCCGACAUCCAGAAUAAGAAGGGCCACACGCCGGUCAUGUUAGCAACGCAACUGGGCAAUGAUGGCAUCGUGAAAAUGUUGGCAGACCACGAUGCUGAUAUGAGCCUCCAAGAUGAUGAAGGCCAAGGGGUUCUGUUCUACUGCAUCUACCCAACAAAGCGGCACACACGUUGCCUGGAGACGGUGCUGGAGUAUCAAGCAGACGUCAACAAUGUGUCCUCGCAGGGAAGUCAUGUUUUUCAGCUGAUGUGUCAACAUGCCGAAGACUGCGCUCACAUGUGUCAAAUGAUGUUGGAGAAAGGGGCCAACCCCAACGCGUCAGAUGAGAAAACUGGCGUGACAGCAUUGAUGGAGGCUUGCAAAGCUGGAUCCUUGGAGCUUGUCAGGGAAAUUCUAAAAAGGGGGGCAAACCCCAACGCCUUGGACCUGAAACGCAUGACAGCGGUGCACUAUGCUGCCAUGGGAGGCUUUUUUGAGGUGAUUGUGCUGCUGUCUGCAUUCUCAGCAGACAUGGGGGUGAUUAAUGUGGAUGAGUGCACGGCCCUCCACCUUGCCGCUGCAACGGGCAACGUCAAUUGCUGCAGGUUCCUGUUUCAGAGAGGUUGCAUCGGCAAAAUAAAGAACCUGAACGGUUUACUUCCACGACAGAUUGCCAAAGAUGCUGGUCACAAAGCAGCUGUCAAGGAGCUGAAGAAAGCUGAGAAGGUGAAGCCCAAAGAUGCCGCUGAUGCGACUGUGCUGACAGACUUAUGGGCUCUGACCCUCCAUGACUGGUCGAACGAAUACGAGCGUGAACUACUGGAAGCCUUUGAAGGUUCUGCGAAGGUUCCCGCAGAAAAAUUCGCCUUAGUUUUAACAUCGUUAGGUGCUCCAGUCACCGAAGAGCAACUCCAGUUAAUCAUUUCAUUACAUGGGGGCGGGAGAGAUCCUACAGUAAACAUUAAUGACUUCAUCAAAGGUAUCAAGUACAUAAAGAAACCGUUCCUCCUCCUCUCCUAUAUCCCCAAGAAGAAAAAGGAUAGGAAGCGAGGUAAAGGGAAGAAGAAGCCAAAAUUUGUCCUCCCUAUACCUAUUUGUACCCUCCCACCGGAGUUCAGGCUCCGGCGAGAAGAUGGAGGCCCACCAGAAUACAUGAUGGAGACCUACAAUACCGAAGACACCCGACAACUGGACCGAGAUCUUCCACCGGAACAUCCCGUACUUGAUGACACUUCAUGGUACACAGAGAAACCUGACAAGAUAUACAUCAAUAUCAACUACCUUGUGAAGAAUAGUGACAUCGAGGCUUUGGAACUGGCUUUCGGUCAAAGGAUUCCUGUCGAUAUUCAAGAUCCGUAUUACAAGACCCCGCUGAUGGUGGCCUGCUCAAUCGGAAGCUACGAGGUGGCUCAGUACCUUAUCAAAAAGAGGGCGGCUGUGGAUAUAUGUGACCAGUUCUUGUGGACGCCUCUUCACCAUGCUGCUCAAUCUGGCAAUGUGGAAAUACUGAAACUCCUGGUUGCCGCCGGCGCCGACAUAAACGCUCAGACCAUAACUGGGACCACACCCCUUAUGGUGGCUAUCCAGAACCUUCAUCUCCCUUCUGUUGAGUUCUUCUUUACGGCUGGUGCCGAUAUCUUAUUGGAGAACAAGCAAGAACAACACUGUCUUGACGUAGCUACGGCGUUUGGUGACGGUGAAGUAUAUACUUUUGUCAAAGAACAGUUUGAAGCUGCGCCUCAGCCCAAAAAAAAAAAGGACAAACCAAAGCCCAAAAAAAAGGUACCCGUGUAACACUGUUGAACCCCUAACCCACAGGUGUCAAACUCAAGGCCCGGGGGCCAGAUACGGCCCGCCACAUCAUUUUUUGUGGCCCGCGAAGACAAAUUGAGCAUCUAAUUCGUGUCAUUACUAGGGGUGUAACGAUUCAUCGAUACACAUCGAUUAAUCGAUAUAAUGCUCUACGAUUUGUUGGCAUCGAUGCUAAACGUAAACAUGGAUCUAUAUCGCCCGUUUUUGACCUCGGACAUUAGACGCGACUUUAUUUUGAAAUCCAGUUCAUUGUUGCUUGCUUCCUCUUUCCGGGAGCAGUGCGCGGCGUGUUGUGUUGUGAGCAGAGCAGGCACGUGAAAGGGGAGGCGACAACUACGCGGCUCCUGGGCUGGUGCUAUGGCUAGUGUCCAAGAAGACGAGGAAAUUCGCUCCUCUUUGGGCUUCAAGUCAUUCGUUUGGAAGCACUUUGGAUUCCAAAGAAAAGAUGGCUCAUGAUUGUAAUUAAAUAGUUCAGUAAUGCACUUUAAUGUUAAUGGUAUUACCAAAAAAAAAGAAUAUUCAUUUUUCUUUACUUACUUAUAUGAGGAAAAAAUAUAGGAAUUUGAUAAAGUUCAGAGUUAAAAUAAGCACUUUGUAUACUACAAUACUCUUGUAAUUUCCGAAAUAAAGAGUUGGCAGUACCUUGUUGAUUUUGCGUAUGAAUUGUUAUAAAUCAGGAUAUUGUUCUAUAUUGAUCGUAGAGCACUAUAUCGUGAUGUAUCGUGAAUGAAUCACAGCAGGCUUUAAGAUAUCGGCAAAUAUCGUAUCGUGGUUCUUUGUAUCGAUAUGAUAUCGUAUCGUGACAAAACCCGCGAUUUACACCCCUAGUCAUUACUAGAAUUGCAAAUUGUCUUCGCUUUUAAGAACAUCUUUUUUAAAUAUUUGACUCGUCUGAUUUGAAAAUGAGUUAUUUGUCAAUUUGUUUUGUCGCUUUUACUGUCUAUAAUAUGAAGUGCUCAUACAUUUAUUUGGAUUGACAGUCAUAAUGGCCCUCCCAAAGAAGCUAUGACUACAAUGUGGCCCGUGAAAAAAACGAGUUUGACACCCCUGCCCUAACCUGAUGUUUGAUGUGACAAAGUUUGAAAUCAUUUUCUGUUUGU